AGCGUUGUCAUUAUUUACGGCGCGUUGAUAGAGAAAUUCCAUGUAAAGAGAUCAAAUACUUCAUUUUCCACAGUAAUCAACAGUCGCUCACAAUAAAUUUCGUGGGAACGAAUAGGGCCUAGAGGGAGUAUGACUGAGACUGAGCUGAGCGUAACGGGAUCGGGGUCUAGUAGUGGCAGAAGGCGCGGUGGACGCUACCGCACCGUCAACAAACAAUCCACUAUUGACGAAUCCCUCUUUGGUGCGCCGAAUAAGGUGACCGAAGUCGUGAAGCGAGUGGAGAAACACGAGAGGAAUCAAUCUGCACCUCCUUGGUUCUCAGGGUCGAGCAAGAAAGACAAGGUUGUACAGGUCAUCACCAAAGAUCUUAUCCGAAAUCUAAUAGUUCCAAAAGAGGAUCCGAGUGGACAGUCCAUCGUUCUACCAGUUACUGAAUUUGAACGAAUUAAGAACAAUGCAAGAGUGCUCUCACAUCAAGAACGGGCGGAGUUACUGCAGCAGCUCAAGAGAGAGAAAGAAGCAUCCCAAGAUGCCUGCCAGGCUCGGAAGGACUUCAUGCAGCAGCAGGAGAAGCAGAGAAGGAAGAAUGAGAAGUUGAACGAACUGGAUGAGGAAGCCAAGCAGAAGGCGAUGUUCCUGCUGGAGAAGGCUAAUGAGCAGCGGCAGGAGCAGGAGGACGAGAUAAAGGAGCUGAACGAGUUGAUCCUGAAGAUCAAAUGUCAUGCGAUACGAGAUGCGCAAGUGCAGGAGAAGGAGCAGAUAGGGCUGGAGGUGGACGAGGAAGAGAAGAGACUUGAUGUCAUGAUGGAGGUUGAUCGCAUGAACGCUCUCACAAAGCAGGAAGGGCUGGAGAAGAAACGCAAGCAGGAGAGAUACCAAUUCAGAGCACAGGGUUCAGGCGCCAUGCUAAUGCUGCCUACACACAUUCAGACUAGCUUGGCAAGAGAGAAUGCAGAAAUUCUGAGACGGCAGGAAGUGGCCAAAGAACAGGAGAAACUUAUUGACACGAAGGUCACGGAAUACAUGCAGCAGAAGGAGGUAAGUUGUUGUCAGUGUAGGAUUCGUGACGCGCUGCGAGCGAAGAGGAACACGGAGCAGGUGGAGCGUGAGUGGAGGAGGAAGGAGAAGGAGGAUGUGCUGAGGAAGGCUGAGGUCGAGCGGCAGCUGAAUGUCGCGCGUGAGCAGCAGGUCAUGGCUAAGCAACACUUCCUCGCAGUGCAGGCGCAGCGCGACCGCACCGAGUUCGAACGCGUGCUGAAGGCGCAGAUUGAGGCUCAGGACAAGGAGCACAGCAACGACCAGCAGAGGGUUGACCGGCAGCUGCAGCAUGCAGACGACGUGCGCAAGCAGAUACGCCAGAAGGAGCUCGAACGCGUGCAGGACAGGAAGGAAUUCUUCCAGGAAGGAAUUAAGUUGGACGAGGAAGCCAAGCUGCGCAGGCAGAGACUCGACGCCACGAAACGAAAGAAGAUCGGUGAACUUAGGAACGUUGGCAUACCAGAGAAGUAUAUUCGAGAUGUGGAGAGAAAGGUGGUGGGUGUUGUUGAACCGCCAGUAUAGUUGGAAAGGCUUGCUCUAUCUUAAGUUUGAAGAUCUCCACUGCAAGAAUCCCAGGCGCACGUGUAUACAGAAUACAUGAGCUACUGCCACUUAGCCGCAUACUUUGUGUAUUGACGAAAUUACCCUAGACUGUGUGCAAACAAAUUAAACACUAUUUUCAUGAUCGUCAAUUCAUUAUAGCUAAUUAUAUCAGAUAAAAAUAUGUAUAAGGUUUUCAUUCCGCAUAGCCGUUAACUUUUUGUUUGCGGUUCUAGCCGAGAUUCUGUAACUAUAGCAACGGAAAAAAUAUAGUUUACUAGUAAAUGGAGUAUAAUCCUACAAAUAUUUCCACAAAAUUUUAUAUAUAUGCUGACCUCUGAGAUGUGCUGAUAUACCAUACCAUUUCGUUAAAAGGUGAUUGGAUAAAAUAGUAUUUCGUGAAACGUUUAGGUGGCUGGAAAUGAUAUUUUCAGAUUGAUUCUUGAUAGCUAUUUUCAUACAGGUAUUCCUUGCAUAAAAUCUCUAUAUAUGCUUUUGAAUAAUAAAGUAUAUUUCAUGUGAUUACUAUAUAAUCACAUUGUCAGUUUUCUUA